AUGUCCUGGCUCCUUGCAGGCAAGUGCGCCUCACGGAUUAAAACUCUGGAACAGACCAAAGCCAUUGAAGACCUCAGUAAAUCCAGAGACAAACUGGAGAAGAUGAAGGAGAAGGCUGAGAAGAAGCUCAUGUCCGUCAGGUCGGAACUGGACACUACCGAGCAUGAGGCCCAGGAGGACAAGGAGAGGGCCAGGCACACGAUAGAAGUGGUGACCAGCGAAUUGAAGACGCUAAGGAAAUCUCUGGAGGAAGCAGAAAAGAGAGAAAAGCAGCUGGUGGACUUUAGGGAGGUGGUUUCCCAGAUGCUGGGCUUGAACAUGACCAGCCUUGCUCUUCCUGACUAUGAAAUCAUCAAAUGUCUUGAAAGACUGAUCCAUUCCCAUCAGCAUCACUUUGUCACCUGUGCUGGCCUCAAAGAUGUGACUACCAGGCAAGACAGGCACCUGCAAAGCCACUGAAAACUUCUUCAUUGAACACUGGAUCUCUUGAGGAGCUAAGGCAUGGGACACAAUGCUCAAUUGAACAAAUUCUCCAAACCUUUGAAAUUUGACCAAUAGGUGAAUAUUCUAUACUUUGGUGAUAGAGUGAGAAUCCAUCAUUGACAACAAAGAAUCUCAAAGGUAGAUAAAUGUUCGCCACUAAAAACACCUGGUAUUUCAUUUGUUGGCACUUUGGGACCCAGAAGAAUUCCGCUAGAUUGCAUAUCUAGAACGAAAACUGUCAGUAGAGAAUUACUACUUAUGGAGUAUCUCUUAUGACUCAGGGCUUUAGUACCCAACUUAAUUCUCAUAACCACCACACAGAGAAGCUUUGAUGUUUUUAUUUUACGACCUCUCUGGGGCUCUGAGAGGGUGUCACCUACCCAAGAUUGCAGUUGGUUGGUGACAGAACCGGGAGGGACUCUACGUUGACUCAAAAGCCGUGUCUUCUCUGCUACUCCACCAUCCUCCAGUUUCUCCUGGCUCCCUGUGUUUUGGUGACAAUUGCCUGCAUAUAGUCAAGACUUGCAGUCCAGAAGUAAUUAAGGUUUAUGAGUGUAAUCCAUAUGAUUUCUUUAAAAAAGAAAUGUACCUACUUAUUUGGAUAAAACAUGCAUAGUCUGAGGUACUCUAAGAAACCUAUGUAUUUUCAAAUGUUGCUGCCAGAUUGCAUUAGGUGGUAAUUUUUUAAUGUUUGAACAGGGCUGAUCUCAGUACUUUCAAAAUGGAGCCAUUAACAUGAAACCGAUAAGAUGAAGACAGCCUACACAGUUUUAUUUACCAAUAUAUAAAACACAGUCAUAGCGAGCGUACUUUUUCAGAAUCCAGAUUUUAUUAUGAAUAUCUCUCACUUUCUGCCUUCCUUUUAAAUUUCUAUUUCACAGAUAUUUUUCAGGAAUUUAUAUAUUUUUUUAAUUUCCAAGAGAAAAACAUGUUACUCUUUUGGGUGAUUAUCAUAUUUCUGCCACAUCAAUUUUUUUUUUCAGUCCUUGAGAAAAGCAUUGGUGUCUAAUUAAAGGAGAGAGAAAAGUAGAUUAUAGCCAAAUAUUAAGAGAAAAUGAAAAGUCUAGCUCAGGUGGCGUGGCUCAGUGGUUGAACAUUGAUCCAUGAACUAGGAGGUCAUGGUUCAAUUCCCAGUCAGGGCACAUGCCCAGGUUUUGGACUCGAUCCCCAGUGUGGGGCAUGCCGGUGGCAGCCGAUCAAUGACUCUCAUCAUUGAUGUUUCUAUCUCUCUCCCCCACUUCCUUCUUCUCUGAAAUUAAUUUAAAAAUAUAUUUAAAAAGUCUAGAUGAGAGGAAAUGAGUUUGAUACUUGCAGGCUGGACGACAGGCCACACAGAGGGAGAGUGACCAAGGAUGGCCACAGGGGUGGGUCGCCUCUGCCGGCUUCUCCUUCAUGAACAAAGAUAGUAUGAAGUAGUGUUUCACAACUGAGGAAACACGCCUGCCCAGCCCUGUGAGGACAGGAGCUGUGUGCAGCAGGCAGGAGGGCAGCCUCGGUUUCCCCGGGGAGCUCCCCACAUGUAGUCCAGAUGCGUGGCUGCUGCUGUGGACCCACACUCAGCCAUAGUGGAGGCGGCGGCUGCACCUCUGGGUGCCUGGAGGAUGGGGAUGCUGAGAGGCCCUGCGUGGCCCAGACCACAGGAAGCAGUCGCGGUGGUGGUGGUAGGGGCGAGGGUGGGAACACUGAUUUUGUACAUUCUCCAAAUGCAGUCUUUAAUAAACUUUUUAUUUUCUCUGUCAAUUUAUUUCUACACUAUUCAAAAAAUACAUCUAACAACAUCACUUUAAAGACAUACGCUGUUAUAAUAUUGUUUUCCCACGUUUGACUUAUCAUCACUUAUAUAGCAUGUCUCCAAAACAUGUAUACACACUUCAACAGCUGAUAGCUUAAUUUUGAAAAUGAAAUGCAUUUUAAUAAACAUGGCCUUUGUAAUUA